AUGUCCGAACAAGCACCGAGGCCAAACUCAAUGGAAGAUGUCCUUUCAAGGUUGCCAGACAAGCGCCCAGUUCAACUUCAAAUUAUGAAUUUGAAAGCUCAUCUGACAAACACCAUUAAGACUCUCCAAAGUAGUCUUAUGACAGAGAUGAAGGAACUUAAAGGUGAGUUCCUCAUGAACCAAGCUUCCAAUGAGAAAUGCCUGAACGAUUUCUCAGAAUCGUUGCGCAAUUACGAGAGAGAGAACCGAGACCUUGCCAGACUCAUCUACCGUUUCUUCGAAGAGAUAGACGCCAUCUGGAAGGUACUCGGAAAGGACAGAACAUGCAACACCGUACUUCGUGAGUACCAAAUUGAAGAAGGAAUUGUCGAGGAAGAAGAGGAAGAAGAGGAAGAAGAGAAACACGAAGAAGAGGAAGUUUGGGCAACCCUUGUUGCCGAUGACGCUUACGAAAUUUCCCAACCCUACCCAUACCAAAUCCGCAACAAGGAGACAGGCAAGGUUUCUUACCCCA